UAUUCAACCAAGAGGACUGGAAGUUUUAGUCCGCAGAAGCGUCAUCAGCAGAAGCGGUGGAAGCAUUGCACAAAAUGGAUUGACCAAGCAAGACACAAAAUGUCGACGCUCCCUCCAAAAUCCGGUAAGGGCGCGCUGCCUGGGCAGCCCUACGCCGCUUGGGCGCGCGCAGUGAAGGCAACGGACGUCAAGUUCAGCAGCGCCAGCUCGGUUCGUAAGCUGCCGAAGUCAAAAGUCACCACUCGCAAGGUGGCCACAAUAUGGGUGAUGGGCUUGGAAGAGCAGAACAAAAGCGAGGAGAGCAUCCGCGAUAGGAAAGCCAAGUUUCGACGCAAAUAUGUGGAGGAGCUGUUGCGAGUCACCACUGUACAAGGUUUCCUGAACUUCUCUUUUCGAGAUCGCCAUUACUCAGAACAG